UGUGCUCCAAGCAAUGCUGGUGUCUCAUGAUUCUUUUUUCUCCCACCGCUGAUGGGUUUCUAAGAAGGACCCUGAGGAGGAAGAAAGAAUUGUUGCAUAUUUUGAAAUCAAGGUUCAGCUCUGGCUUUUCUGGAUUCUGUGCUUCACCAAUAGAGGAACCCCAUGGAUUAUUAAUUAGUUCUUGCAGUUCUAGAACCAUGACUGAUGGCUUGGUGACUUUCAGGGAUGUGGCCAUCGACUUCUCUCAGGAGGAGUGGGAGUGCCUGGACCCUGCUCAGAGGGACUUGUACGUGGAUGUGAUGUUGGAGAACUAUAGUAACUUGGUGUCAUUGGAUUUGGAGUCAACAUAUGAGAUCAACAAUAUAAUUUCAGAAAAAGACAUUUUUGAAAUAAAUUUUUCCCAGUGGGAGAUGAAGGAAAGAAGUAAAACUUUUGGCCUUGAGGCAUCCAUUUUUGAAAAUAAUUCUAAGUGCAAAAACAAAUUUGAGGAACCACAGGGACAUCAAGAAAGAUACUUUAGUCAAAUGAUAAUUGGCUAUGGAAAAAUGCCCACUAGAAGAAAAAGUAAAUCUUUUAGUGCACAUCAAAGAAUUCAUAAUAGAGAGAAACGCUAUGUUUGUAAAGAAUGUGGGAAGGCUUGUAGUCAUGGCUCAAAACUUGUUCAACAUGAGCGAACUCAUACAGCUGAAAAACACUUUGAAUGUAAAGAAUGUGGGAAGGACUUUUUUAGUGCCUAUCAACUCACUGUGCAUCAGAGAUUUCAUACUGGUGAGAAACCCUACAGAUGUAAGAAAUGUGGGAAGACUUUUAGUUGGGGAUCUAGUCUUGUUAAACAUGAGAGAAUCCAUACUGGUGAGAAACCCUAUGAAUGUAAAGAAUGUGGCAAGGCCUUCAGUCGUGGCUAUCACCUCACUCAACAUCAGAAAAUCCAUAUUGGUGUGAAAUCUUACGAAUGUAAGGAAUGUGGGAAGGCCUUUUUUUGGGGCUCAAGCCUUGCUAAACAUGAGAUAAUUCAUACAGGUGAGAAACCUUAUAAAUGUAAAGAAUGUGGGAAGGCCUUCAGUCGUGGCUAUCAACUUACUCAACAUCAAAAAAUCCAUACUGGUAAGAAGCCUUAUGAAUGUAAAGUAUGUGGAAAGGCUUUUUGUUGGGGCUAUCAACUUACUCGACAUCAGAUAUUUCAUACUGGCGAGAAGCCCUAUGAAUGCAAAGAAUGUGGGAAGACCUUUAAUUGCGGCUCAAGUCUUGUUCAACAUGAGAGAAUCCAUACUGGCGAGAAACCCUAUGAAUGUAAAGAAUGUGGCAAGGCCUUCAGUCGUGGCUAUCACCUCUCUCAACAUCAGAAAAUCCAUACCGGUGAGAAACCUUUUGAAUGUAAGGAGUGUGGGAAGGCCUUUAGUUGGGGUUCAAGCCUUGUUAAACAUGAGCGAGUCCAUACAGGUGGGAAAUCCUAUGAAUGUAAAGAAUGUGGCAAGGCCUUUGGUAGUGGCUCUCAACUUGGUGUCCAUCAGAGAUUUCAUGCUGGUGAGAAGCCUUAUCAGUGUAUGGAAUUUGGGAAGACCUUUAAUUGCGGCUCAAGUCUUGUUCAACAUGAGAGAACUCCUAGUAAUGAUAAGCCUUAUGAAUAUAAAGGAUGUGGGGAAGCCUUUAUGUGGACAACUUAUUCGAAUGAGACCGUAAAUACUGGUGAAACUUUAUGAUUGAAGAGGUGAAAGAAAAAUUUUUGUGUGUAUAAACAACAUGAGGAAUCUUAAUCUUGAGAACACUUACGAAUGUAUGGAAUGUGCCAAAAGCCUUACAUCUGUGUGGACAACUUGAUAUCAAAAAUUCAUACUAGUGAGAAAUACUUUGAAUAUAAGGAAUAUGAAAAGGCCUUAGAAUUUUAUACAGUCUUACUGAAUGUCAGUUUGUACUAAUGUGAAAUCAUUUAAAUGUAAGGAAUGUGUGAAGAUCUUUAUUCAUGGCACAAAAGUCUGGUAAACAUUGGGGAAUUUGUACUCAUUAGAAACACUUCAAGGAAUGUAGGAAGAACCAAAACCUAGUUCAGUUUUUGCUGUUCACAUUAGAGAACUCAUACUGCUGUGAAAUUUUAUGAAUGUAAGGAAUUCGGGAAGGCUUACAGAUAUGAUAAAUAUCUUACAGUACAUCAUAGAAUCCAUCCAAAUGAGAAACCCUUCAAAUUGGGAUGUAGGAAGGCCUCUAGACAAGUACUAUUAAAACUGUUGUCUAGAGACUAGGGCCAGCACGCAAAA